UAAAUCUCGGUGACGUCUUAAUAACACCUUUCUGCCUCCCGGGGUUCUGGCAACCUGUGCGCUCCGGGUCACCUCACCACUGGGAGGUGCAGAUCUGUACGGGGACUACAGGCUCAACCUAACAGGGUCUGGCUGUCUUCCGUAACAUUUACAGCAUUCUCCCAGCAUUUUUCUCGAUUCAUGAUUGUUUGAAUCUAGCAAACCCCAGUUGCCAGUGUUAUCAUUUCUCUUCAUAUGUGCUGUUUUCAUUGCUGUUUAUUUGGAAAGUGGGGGACGACACCUGCCUGUCCCCCCCCCCCCCACCACCACCAGCCUCUCCCCUGAGUGGAGGGACUCCGUGAACUAGCUCUCAGAAUGGAAGCAGGCCAUUAAAACACACACACACACACACACACACACGCGCACGCACACACACACACACACACACACACACACACACACACACACACACACACACACACACACACACACACACACAUGAAAAAAUACCUGUAGACAUCGACACAAACUUAUACACACAUAUGUUAGACAUAGGCAAACACACACAUGCAGAAACACAACCACACACACUUAUACACACACACAAACACAUGACACUACUGUAGAAACACACACGCACAGUCACACGCACGCACACACAGUCACCACCGCCCUCAUGACACACGCUUCCUCCUCCGGAUCAGACUCUCAGCUCGUUAAACUCCUCCAGCCUAUAGCGAGCGUUUCCUGAGCGGCGGGAGCGCGUUUACACACCGCGCUCUGCGGUCAUAGAGUCAGACAUCAACCAGCCCCUCUCGGGGUUAGAUCUGCUCCACACGGCUCGGUGUUAGUCGGUGUUGUGCUCCAACCGCUCUCUGAUCAGUGAUCUUACCUCCAGAAUGUGACCGCCGCUUUGGGAGUUUUUGCGCCGCGAUGGAGAAAGAGCGACGCGCCGGUGGAGGGACCGCGGCGCGGAGACCCAGGAUGUGUGUGUGAGGGGCGGAGCCGGCAGCCAUGGAGCCCGAGCUGAACUGCAGCUCCUGGGACCCUGCUCUGGGCCCCCUCCCCCCCGGGAUCACCAGGCAGGACGCCCGGGACCUCCUGCACAGACUCUGUACCCUCAGAACGCCCCCCGCCCGGCCCCCCCUCUCCCCGGCGCUGUGUGCGGUGGUCUGGACUCUGCUCUCCGCGGGGGUCCUGCUGGCGUUGGGCUUCCUGCUCUUCACCCUGCGCUUCAGGAACAACAGGAUAGUGAAGAUGUCCAGUCCCAACCUGAACAUCCUCACUCUGAUCGGGAGUGUUCUUACCUACUCCAGCGGCUUCCUCUUCUCGGUGGAAGGCCUUUGGCCCCGCGGAACCUCCACCUCCGUUAUCCAGGCUCGGACCUGGGCCCUCUGUGUGGGCAGCACCCUGGUGUUCUGCCCCCUCCUCGGGAAGACCUGGCGGCUGUACCGAGUGUUCACCCAGCGCCUCCCCGACAAGAGAGUGAUCAUCAGGGACCUCCAGCUGAUGGGCCUGGUGGGGCUGUUGGCUCUGCCCGACGUGCUGCUGCUGACCUGCUGGGGCCUGGCCGACCCCCCGCGCUGCUCCCGCUCCCUCACCGCCGUCCUCCAGGUGCUGGGGGACGACGUGGCGUUCUCGCUGACCCACCAGGCCUCCUGCUCCUCCCUGUACCCGGAGCUCUGGCUCGUCCUCAUCGUAGGGAUGAAGGGGGGUCUCCUCCUCUACGGGACCUACCUGGCCGGCCUCACCAGCAACGUGAGCCACCCCCCCGUCAACCAGUCGCCCACCAUCAUCACGGCCGUCGCCCUGGCAACGCUGUCGGCGGCGGCGGUGCUCCCCGUCUCCGUCCUGCUGCCGGCCUGGCCCAACCUGGUGUACGCCGCCGUGGCCGCGGCCAUCUUCACCUGCACCACGGCCACCAACUGCCUGCUCUUCAUCCCCCAGAUCACACAGUCCCGGCGGUUCGAGGAGGAGAGCAGCUCCCCUGCUCAGAUGGCCAAGUUCUUCAGCAGCCCCAGUAAGAGCCAGGGGUCAUGCUACAGCCAGGACGAGGUCCACUACCUGCUGGGGGAGAACUGCUCCAUGAAGAGGCUGCUGAACGAGAACGCUGUGAUCGACGGCCUCCAGGAGCAGGUGACCAACGCCAAAGACAAGCUGCUGCGUCUGGUGAGCUCCAGCCAGCCCCGCCCCCCUGGCCCCGCCCUGGACUCCGCCUCCACCCAGAGCACGGGGGCGGGGCCCUCCGACAGCCCCGGGACCCCUCCCCCGGGCAAGGGCCCGCCGCCCUCCUCUCCUCCGGGCCUGGCCCCCGUCCCGGCCCCCACCGGGGUCCCCCUCCCCCCCGGGCCCCCGGCCGGCCUCGAGCCCCCCCCUCUCCCCGUGGAGCAGGCGAGGGGGGGGCCACAGGGGGCGGGCCCUCUGGCCGGCUCCGUGGAGCUCGGGGCCAGAGACCCCAGGGUAGGCGGGCGGGGCCCCGUGGCCCCCGAGCCCCCCCGGCCUGAGGGCCCCCCCCGGGGAUCGGUGACGUCGACGGGGGGAGAGCGGUCUGUGCCCCCCUCGGACCGGGCGUGGCCCCCCCCCGGCCUGGGGGGCUUCGUCAGCAGCCUGCAGCUGCAGGAGGUCCUGCAGGAGCUGAGCGUGGCGGCCGCCCUGUCGGGGGGCCCCCCUGGGGGCCCCCUGCCGCACGUCUUCACCGACGCCUCCCUCCUCACGCCCCUCCCCCUGCCGGCGCCCUGGACCCCGCCCCCCCCGGGGCUGUUCGGCAGCGUCUCCCCCCACGCCAUGAGGCGGCGCCGGCCCCCCUUCCACCCCGGGCGAGGGGGGCCCCCUCCCUUCUUCCUCCCGGGCCUCGGCCCCGCCCCCGGCCCGGGGAGAAGGAGGGGUGCCCCCGCCGGACCCCGAGACCGGAGGAAACCGGGCCCCACGUCGCCCCCACGCCACGCCCUGCCAGGGGCCCCCCCCUCCGGCCUGGGCAGCAGGGGGGAGGGGGAGGAGGAGGAGGAGGGGCAGAGGAAAGCGGGAGAGGGAGGCUGGGUGGGCAGAAGGGGGCCGGCGUGUGGCCCCGGGGCCCCUCCAGACGAGGACCGGGCGGGCGGGGGGGGGGGUAGGAGGGGGGUCUGCAGGGACCUCUACGGGUCCUGGGACACGGACUCCAGCAGCUCCGCGGACUACGGGCCGUACCACCGGCCGUACUGCGACGCCUGCCUGCAGCGCGGCUCGCUGCUCAGCUCCUCCUCCUCCUCCGACGAAGACGAAGACGAGGACGAGGACGAGGGGGAGUACGGGGGCUACAGCGGCCUCUGCCGCGGCCCCCGCCCCGUCAUCUUCAAGGAGGACCUCACACCCACCUUUGUGUGAAGCCAGCCGUGCACAGGCGAGCACAAACAUGAUCACACACACACGCACGCACGCACACAAACAUGAUCACCCACACACACGCAUACACACACAGGCAUGCGCACACACACAGAGGCGCACGCACACCAACAAACAUGAUCACACACACACACACACACACACACACACACACACACACACACACACACACACACACACACACACCCCAGCCUGUCCCCCUCCUCCACGGUCUGCAGGUUACUCCCCAGCGUUCCGUUGGGAACGGUUCAAACCUCAACCCGACCGGACUCGAAGCAGCAUCGAUGCAUCAGCGUUGGGGUCAGGGUGUGUGCCUCCAGACCCUCUCUGGUCCAGAACAGGGGUCCGGUCUGACCCCCCCCCCCGGAACCUGGGGGCUACGGAUCGGUCCCCAGGCUGGGUCAGCCCUGGGGAGCUGCUGGUCCCAAUGGGAAUGCUCAGAGGAGCCACGCUUUGUAACGCUCACAGUUAUCCCAGGGGAUGUGAGAAUAACACAUACAUUCUGCAUAUUGACAGUUAUUAAAAUAGCGUUCAGUAUUCUACAAACCGUUUUCUAAUCGUAGUAGUUUCAUGUGUCCACAAGCCCUCACUGCGUUGGGAGGAGGGACAGGGUGAGUGAGUGUUGACAGGCCUCACACCAGCGAUACCACCUGAGGGAUUAAUUAAACCAGUUAACGAUGCUCUGAGCCGGUCCUGACGGUCUCCGACUGAAGAAGGUGCCUCUAAACGUGUUUUUUUUUUAUUGUGAAUGAAUGUUCUCUGAUGACCUCUGACCUCCACUCGCGCUCCAAAUCAACCGGGAGAGAUGAGACGGAGUCCAGGGAAACUGGUCCCAGAGAACGGACUGGUCUCCCAUGACGACCACCGCCAGAGGGGCUGCACAUGUAUUUAUUUAUUUAUUUAUAGACGUUUUAAGUGUUUUUUUCAUACGAAUCGAAAUGACCAAGCUUAUAAUAAAAACAUGAAAAAAAAAUUGAAUGUUUGAUGGGUGCAGGGAGAGCAAGAGAGAGAGAGAAAGGGUGAAAUUACCUUUUUGUUUUAUUUGUGAAUAAAUAUUACAGUAUAAUGUUACAUCAUUUUCCCAGUAUGACGUACAAAGGCCAUCGACCAAUCACAGAACGACCGUACAAGUUGGACGAGGAGCGCUCAGCCCCUUCCUCAUCAGGCUAGCGGGAUGAAUCUAUGAAUCGAUAUGCACAUUAAAAACCAAAGCUUCUGCUCGGUUUUUUGCCUUUUCAGGGAAUCUUUGUGAGCAACUAUUUAAAAAUAAGAUUACAAAUAAAUGUGACAUUAUUCCGAUGGAAACUGGCCUUUUGAGAUAUAUUUCAGGCCU